GACUUAAUUAGAAUAUUAGAUCGUGGAAAUUGAAACACCCAAACAACAAAGCUCUCAUUAUUGUUCUUGUAUUGAACUUUUACCACAUAGUUCCUUGAAAUCUCUUUGGCAUCCAGAUCAUGAGUUUUCGUUCCAAAAAUUCAAGCAAAGGGGCUCCCGAAGGCUCUCAACGACAGCCUCCAAAGGAUCGUACAUCAACAUUACUCUCCAGGCUUGAUCCGAGAAUUUGUGGAAGGAAGGGGAAGCCUGGAGAGUCUAACUCAUCUACAGAUGUGAAGAAGGAAGUCCCCUCACAGGGGCCUGAUGGCAAAACCGUGUUUAAACCAAAGCAUCUUACAAUCUGCUGGGAGGGAGAUAGUCAAUUUUGGAGUAUUCCUCAAGGGGAUGAUGGUUUUGCAGAGCUGCUGGAGGUGUGUUGGCUUGAUGUAAGUGGUGAAAUGCCUGUAACCAAAGGGAAGACGUAUGAAGUUAGCUUUAUGUUAUCCAUGAACACAAAGAAUUCCUUUGGCUGGGACGAUCUUCAUCAUCCUGUUAUGGUGAUGGCUAGGAUAGGAAAGGAGGGAGAGUAUCAGCGCAAGGAAAUAAAACUAUCAGAAUUAAAAGGGACAGUAAUGGAAUUUCCUCCGGAUAAGUGUCGGGUUGAGUUUAAAAGUGAUGAAAAAUCUGAAAGUAAAGAGGAACUUCCUGCGAAGAAGAUUCGAACUAAGUCUAAAAGUGAUGAAAACCCUAACAAUGAUGAGGAAAAGCUCUAUUUUGGCUUGUAUGAAGUGUGGAGUAACAAAUGGAAGGGUGGUCUACAGAUUCAUGAGGCCAUAGUUCAGGAAAUACCAGCUGGGAAUAAUGCUUCUACAUCUAAUACCCGUUCCGACGAGUCCAGAGUGAAGGAAAUAGCAGCUCAUGACGAUUCUAUUUCAACAUCUGAAAACCUCCGAUCGAGUCGAAGUUCAAGGAGCACGUAGAAGCUGAUUUAGAGCCUUGUAACGUGGGAAUGUAUUUUCAGGGAUUUGAUCAGCGGACCGGAUUGCAUCUCCUAGUUGUCUAUUAUUUCUAUUUUCGUCA